AUGAAUGGUCAACCUGUUACGCUAGAGUCCUUUAUGCAAGAGGCAGUGAAGGCUUUGAGGCAGGUUGAGGUGAGCCCGGGCACGAGUGAAGCGCAACCGUCAAACAGUACGAGCUCCCCCGAAACGUCCGUGCUGCACGUGCAAUCCUUAGAGGUUGGGGAUGGUGGGGAGUUGUUAGCCUUAGUGGCGUUGGAGUUGAUAUCGCGCUUAGAGGAGAGAAAGCUGGCGGAAAUUGAGCAGCUCAAGCGCCACACUGAGGAAGGCAGGGACAGGAUUCGUCAGGCCAGGAUUGCACUUGAGAAGAGCUGGUGGGAGCACUUGAUGGACUACGCCCGUGAUGGUGUUUCCUGCUCAGGUGACGCCGCUGUUGCAAACGCACCGUUCUUCACUGAUGUUCCCCGUUGUGCGUUGCGAGGUUUGGUCCCUUCAGGUGAUGCGGGCGACGAGUCAUUGUGGGACAUGUUGCGCAGUGCUUUGCCCAACCUCAACAGGAGGAGGAGGAAGGCGCUACAGCAGUCAAGGCAUUGGAUUGUCCACUUGUUUGCAGGCCCGCGCCCUCAUAAGACCUUUGCACGGCUUGAGCGUGAUGGCACAGUUGUGUUGGAGCUUGAUGUGACUCAGUGCGCAGCGCAUGAUUUGAACCGUCUUUCACUUUGGGCACUCCUGCUUAAAGCGGCGAAGGAUGGGCGCAUUGCAGCAGUGAUUGGUGGCCCUCCUUGUCGCACUAUGUCUGUUCUCCGGCAUAAACCUGGAGGCCCAAGGCCAGUGAGGUCCCCUAGUGAGCCGUAUGGGUUGAGCGAUCUCAGUGCUAGUGAGCGUGCGUUGGUGAACAAUGACACGGGGCUGUUUGCUCGGAUGUUGUUCUCGCAUGCAACAGCGACGGCCGGAAGGCGUGUCCAUCGUCAGUCCGUGCACCAUUCGUCGCAGGUGGCAUUCUUACUUGAGCAACCUCAGCCUGUUGAUCGCUAUCUUCCUGUUGGCCAUUCGUUGGUUGGUGAGGUUCCCUCGUUUUGGCACACAAACUUGUGGCGUGCAUAUGCAUUAGAGGCAGGUCUUUUCGAAGUCGAUUUCGACCAAGGUGCCCUAGGACACGCAACCACAAAGCCAACCACCAUAGGCACUAACCUUCCUGACCUGAGGGGCUUGCACGGCCUCCGGAAGGAGUGUCCUACACUGGCAUGGAAAGGCGACUCAAAGGACUUAGCCGCGUGGGCGCCGCAGUUUGUGCAAGCUGUUGUUCAUGCGUUGCAAUGUUGGCCCCUCUACCAGCUAUGCCGCAUGACACCCGAGGACUGGCAACGACAUGUAGAAAAUAACCACGUUCCAUACCGUAGGGAUUGUGGAGUUUGCGUACGCGGCGCCGGCACCGGCCGUAGGCAUCAAGGAGUCACACAUCCCGACGUGUAUUGCCUGUCUGCCGACGUGGCUGGUCCCAUCAGAGUCCCUGCAAAAGACCCCGAGGGUAGGAGCAAACACCCGCCCGUGUUCCGGUACUUUUUAGCAGCGUCCUAUCGUUUUCCUAAACUCGGGACAAAGGACGAACCCAACCCAACGCAGGUUGAUGGGUUCGAUGAUCCUUUACUCCACCCUGGCGGGGAGGACAAGUUAGCCGACGUUGUUGUGGAAGGCCCACUGGAGCCAGAGCACCGCCCUGACGGGAAGGAUGUGCUGCCCGAGGAUUGUUUAGGAUAUUGUCCUACAAGUGAGUCUGAAAAUGACGCGUGUAAAGAAGCAGGCGCGUUACGCGUAGCAGCCGCAAAGGCCAAGGCCAAACCAAGCAAACCCAAGGAAGAACACCCUUGGGAAAGGGCCAAGUGUGAGUUUGAAGCUCCGCCAGGCCUAGCUAGGUUGGUGUUUGUUGUUCCGCUGCACACAAACAAGAGCGAGGCAGUGCUAGAGGCGCUACAACAAGUGUUCCUAGAACUUCGCUCAUUGAACCUUCCUGUGCUGCGCUUCCACUCGGAUAGAAGUCGGGAGUUCUUUAACAAAAGGACCCGAGCUUGGUUUCACGAGCACGGGGUGCGUACCACCACAGCUGAAGGAGAUACGCCGCAGCAAAACGGAGCAGCUGAGAACACCAUCCGCUGGUUAAAAGCUAGGGCGCGCACGCUCCUCGCCCAGGCCGAAGUUGGCACAGAGCUGUGGGCAUGUGCAAUGGCCACUGCGGCAUCGCAGCAACGUGCGCAACAACUUGGCCUCAAGUCCAAGCUUGCAGCUCCGUUUGGGGCUCCGUGCUCUGUGAAACUCAAGUUUUACGGACCUUCUAGGGGUGACUUAGGGGAUAGGUGGGUAGAUGGUAAGUACAUGGGGUUGUCGCCUUCUGUGAAUGAUGGCCACAUUGUCCUACGCAACGAUGGAGUGGGCAACGGCUUCCUCCAAACACUCCAUGUGCGCUCACGCCUCCAUUCGCCAGAGAUGCCAGACCGCGUGUUUGAGGGCGAUGUGAGGGAGCCUGCGCCGCUCGAGCCGGCAAGGCGUGUGCGUGGGAAGUCCGAGCCAGCACUUGGCGAGCCACCUCUGCCACCACCUCCUCUUCCACCGCCGGAAGGUGAGUGCGUGCCCGCACCUGCAAGUCGCACUCGACUCCGUGGGAAGUCAAGCCCUGCAGUUAGCAAGUCUUUGCUGUUCCCACUGCCUGACGGUGAGUGUCCGCCUGAGCAAUGUGAAGCCGUUGAGGAGGAGUUUAGGGCUAGUCGGUUUAGUGUUGUGGACCUUGAGGGUUUCGCACAGGAGUUACUGCUUGAAGACUGGGACCUUGAAGAGGCCAUGUGGGUCUUGGUCCAGUUCAGCCGUCUGCAGUCUCUUAAGGCCGGCCUUUACCGACACGGUGGUGUAGUAGGCACCACGAGUGCAACAAACUCUCACCCGUGGCUCACAGAGCUGAUGGCCGCGACGCUCCUGUCUGCAAGUCCCGAGGCCGAGUUCACAAGUCUUUGGCUGUCCAAUACGAACCCCAUGUCCUUGCAUGCAGACCACAACAAUGUAGAAGGGUCUGUCAACGUAGUCUUUCCACUCAAGCUCCCUCCUGAAGGCGGAGACUUGUGGGUAGAACUGCGAGCAGGAGAUGUUAUCCACGGCUCUGUCGAGCAACGAGUUGACGGUACAGGAAAGAAGUGGUUGGGCACAACGCACAGCUUGCAGAGAGGCAAGCCCUUCUACUUGGACCCCAAACGCCGUCAUGCUACUACCCCUUUUGAAGGUGAAAGGGUCGUGCUCGUAGCCUACACUGUUAACACCUUAGGGAAGGUGCCAGAGUCUGAGCUCCAAGCCCUCGAGUCCUUAGGCUUUCCGCUCCCUGCUUCAGCACGCUUGCCACUCACAACGCAGCAAGAUGUCAGGCGCUUGGACGUGUUUGACAUGUUUGAGGAGGGUCCCUUAGAGCUAGCAGGUGAAGACUGCCCGAAGAAAGUAGAGAAGGGUGGGGGUUGGAAAGAGACUCAGAAGGUAGAGGCUGGAACUGUAGAGCUAGAGGUCUCGUGGAACCUCAAGCACACUCCGGUGCAGCACGAGCAGACACCUUGCGGCCUGCAGACCCUGGAGCCAAAACCCCAUGCGCAGGUCGAGGAGGAGUCCUGGCCAGAACAGCCUGUGCAGUGGGAGCUGUGGCUUCCAGACCCCCAAAGUGGCCAGCAACUGUGUGCACUCCGGUCUGACGGCCUGGACCUGCGUCUCUGCAAGUCCGAGCCAGUGUACACUCCAGACAUUGAACAGCUGCUCAGUGGUUUAACUGAGCCACUGCAGAUAGUUCAUACUGUCGACCCGCGAGAGGCGGAAAAGCACGGUGAAGUGUGGAUCCCGUCAAUUCUGUCUGAAAGAGAUCGGGGUCAUAGAAAAAGCUGUGCGCCGUUUGCCGCCUAG